UCAGCGAUUGAUAGGAGUGGUCACUCGCAUAAUUUGAUUUUGGAUUUUACACAAACAACGCUAUGAGCUUAGCUUCGGUUAUCCACCACGGAGUUCUCGCUCCGGCGAAACCGGAUCGAAUCUUUGUUAGCGUUCCUGUGAUUCCUCCGAACUUCCGAGCUCGUGGAUGGACUGAGUCUCGUCUCUCUCUCGUUUCAGCUGCAAAUCGUCGUCUUUCUCCUAUUGCUUGCUCCCGAGGAACUGAUCAGGAAGAUGAUGUUUCUUCUUCUUCUUCUUCAGAGAAGGAGAGCAGAGAUCUUCUACCACACAAAGAUGACGAUGGAGGUCUGAGAGAGACUUUAAAAGACGAGACGUACAAAACUUCCUUCAAGACUGUUGCCUUGUGUGUAAGCGCUGCGGUGGCGUUUGGAACCGGAAUAGGUUUGAAGGAUGGUGUUGGCAAGGCAUCUGAGUUUUUUGCUGGCUAUUUAUUGGAGCAAAGCUUGUCAGUGGACAACUUGUUUGUUUUUGUUCUCGUCUUCAAGUACUUCAAAGUGCCACUCAUGUAUCAGAAUCGUGUGCUUACCUAUGGUGUAGCUGGUGCAAUUAUCUUCCGUUUCACCCUCAUAUUAAUAGGAACAGCUACUCUUCAGAAAUUUGAAGCAGUCAACCUACUGCUUGCAGCAGUUCUCUUAUAUUCGUCUUUCAAGUUAUUUUCAAGUGAAGAAGAUGAUACAGAUCUAUCAGACAACUUCAUUGUGAAGACAUGCCAGAGAUUUAUUCCUGUCACAUCAAGUUACGAUGGGAAUCGGUUUUUCACAAAGCAUGAUGGCAUUUGGAAAGCCACACCAUUGCUUCUCACAGUAGCAGUGAUAGAGCUCAGUGACAUAGCAUUUGCUGUUGACUCAAUACCAGCUGUUUUUGGUGUCACAAGGGAUCCUUUUAUUGUCUUGACCUCUAAUCUUUUUGCAAUCCUAGGACUAAGGUCUCUCUAUACCCUGAUUUCUGAAGGAAUGGACGAGCUGGAAUACUUGCAGCCAUCAAUAGCAGUGGUUCUUGGCUUUAUCGGAUUUAAGAUGAUCCUCGAUUUCUUUGGCUUCCAUGUAUCAACCGAGGCAUCACUUGGUAUCGUGGCGCUUUCUCUUAGCACCGGAGUACUGUUGAGCCUAACGAAUAAAUCCGGUGACAGCUAACUAAGAAGUAGUCAAUCAAACAUUUAUAAGAGCAAAAUCGCAUUGUUCAUUAUACGAUUUCACAGAUGUGUUACUGUAGAUAUAAAAGAGAGAGAAGGGGGGCAUGGGCUCUGUAAGAUGUAUUGUUCAAAUGAUUUUUUUUUUUUUGGGCCUGGUCGUUCAAAGCUGCAAAGAACAAGAUCUUUAAACCCAACCUUAAUCUAUUUCUGUGUUCACUU